GGGGCGUUUUCGUCAUUUUGUGUGCUCAACAGCUAGUGAGGUUGCUCUCAACCUCCAGGGCUCUCCGCACUCGGUUCCUUCGCCCCGCUCCUCCUCCGCGCCGCCGUCAAGGCUACCACCCGCGCCCUAUCCUUGUAGUCAACGUGCGGCCCUUGCACGACGUUCCCCCUAUGUCUCUGUUCCGCUCCGCCGCCACGCGUUCUUCUCUUGCUGCCGUCGCCGCCGACUGAGCUCUUCCACCGCUGCUUAAUCGCUCAUCUGCCACUGCCGCGGGCCGAGCCACCUCCUCCCUGUUUGAACACCAAAGACAUUGGAUCCAGAAGCAAAAUUCUAUCUCAUAUUAGUGCCUCCUGAACCCCAUUUUACUUAAUGGACCUCUAUGAGCAAUGGAAGGGAAUCUUGCGGAUCCAAAAGUUUCGGCGAAUGGUGUCAUAUGCUGGCUUCUAUGGCUUUGUCACUCUCAUCAGUUAUGCCUUUACAAGCAACACAAAGAGGGCAGGAUUCUCUAAUGCUGACCAGUACUAUGCUGCUUAUCCAGCCAGCAUCGAGCUUUUGACAGAUACUGCAAAGCUGUACAAGGUGGCUCUUGGAAAUUGCUUUGAAGAAGAGGAAUGGGGACCAAUUGAGUUCUCCAUCAUGGCAAAACAUUUUGAGCGCCAGGGAAAACCUCCAUAUGCAUACCAUGCUCAAUACAUGGCGCACCUUCUCUCACAAGGACAACUUGAUGGCAGCGGCUAAGUGCUCAUCGCAUCUGCCUCCAUGAGCCAAGUUUCUGCAUUAUUUUGAAGCUCACGGCGAUGAAUUGCCCCAAGAAAGUAGCAACUCCUUUGUUGAACAAAGCAUACAUACCUAAGAGUUAUUGUCAAAUUUCUUGUUGAUCUUUCAGGCUUAUGCAAUUAUCGUCAUCAGUCAAUUAUAUUA